AUGCGGCGUUACAUUCGUGUACUGUUCAUGUGCACGGUGUUUGCUGCCUUAUUAGGGUUGUACGUUUACAUAAUAUUUGAGGGGAAUGUGGUGGUCGGGAGAAACGGAGCCAACAGGAUUUUCGCCCCCCGAGAGUUAUCGGGGGGACCCAGAAAAAGCAGGGCCACAAAACUCACACCGACACAACAGGCAAGGUUAAUGGACACACCGCGCCUCCGCCACGUCCCGCACGGCAACCCAGGCCGCAAGCAGCCCGCCUUCAGAUCGGUCUACGAGGCCAUCCGAAAGUACACGUUCGGCGCCGACCCGGCGGCGUCCCUGUUGGCUGAGACCUACUGCGGGAAAUCCCAGGCGCUGUUCACCAAGGCGCCAGCGCACGGCCUGGUCGGCGUCGACAUGAGAGCGCCGCCCUUGCGGCGACAUUGGACAUACCCACUUUGUCAUUUUUUAAAUCAUUUGAAUUUCUCUUCUAUUGUUGUAGUUUGCAUGUUGUUUUUUUGGUGACUAACUGCAAAAUACCCAGAAGAGAAAACCCUUCACUUUCCAUAUUGGAGAAAUGAUCAAACUGUAUCAGAAAAUGAAUCGUUUCUGCAUUUUUUAAAUGAUGUCACUCCACUCAAGUGUUUUUUUUUUUUUGUUUUUUUUUUACCAAACCAUAGUACAUGUUUAUUACAGCGUCAUUGAAUGUAUCAGGGCUUAAACGCUGUUCUUUUACAGCCAUAGUGUUGUGGUUGCCAUGGCGUUAUAUGCAGCAUUAUUUCUCUUGUGGUGGGGGCGGGGGGGAUUGCUUGUGUUCUGUACUUUUUCA